GCUAUCGAAAGAUCGAAUUAUGAAAUGAAUAUUGAGUUUAAUUUUAUUAGGAAUGACACUACCAGACUAUCUGACUAGCGACUAGUAUCUAACUAUGUCUGAAUAAGUAAUACAUUCAAUAACUAUUAGUUAUUAAUAUAUAAUAAAAACUGAAUAGGUAAAACUACUAUCGAAUAGUUUCGACUAGCCGAUAUUUUAAAGUUAUCAAUCAAUCAGAUCGAUUGUACUCAACUGAGGUCUGAGUUUCUAUACGGUUUUUGGUCUUUUUCUCCCCAUCCGUUGACGAUUUUAAUUUUCACAUUAUCAGUACCGGUCUGGUUGGGCCACGUAAUUAUUCGCGCGGUGUCGAAUCGGAAUAAUAGAUAGGGUUUUGUGAGUGAAUCGAAAAUCACUAUGCACUUUCCACGUUCCAAUCGAAAGUUUUAAAUAUUGUCAUUAUUAUUCUAAAGACACCACACACGCCCAACCGUUUUUUUUUCAUCAUCUGGUCCCGGAAACUUUCUGGAUUUUUACAAACCAUAGUGGAUAUUAUUUACAUAGGACUAUGCUCUUACUGUUAUUACUUCCAUUUUUUCAAUUAUUACAUGGUUUGGAUGUUUCUAAUUUUGUUCCAAAAGUUUCUGCUGAUACAUCACCUUGCAAAAGUUGUAAAAUAUUAGUUCAAUCGUUUGAGAAGGGUCUUGAAAAAACUAAAAAUGGUCACUUUGGCGGUGGAAAUACAGCAUGGGAAGAGAAAAAUUUAUUGACUUAUGCAAAAAGUGAAGUGAGAUUUGUGGAAAUCCAUGAUUCAUUGUGUACUGAAAUAUCUCAAGACCAAGAUAUGUGUUUUCAUUUGUCGAGUGAAUAUGAACAUCACUUAAAAGAAUGGUGGACGGAUGGUCGUCAAGAAGAUCUAUUCCAAUGGUUUUGUGUGGACAAAUUAAAAGUGUGUUGCCCGCCAAAACAUUAUGGUCCUAAUUGUUUACCGUGUACAGGUUAUCCAAAUGUUUGUAAUUCUCAUGGAACUUGCAAGGGUGAUGGAACUCGAAAAGGCAAUGGAUCAUGCAAAUGUAAAAAUGGUUAUGAAGGUACCAACUGCGAUCAUUGUGCAAAUAAUUAUUUUGCCAUACUGAAAAAUAAUACUUUUACUUGUGAAGAAUGUCAUAAAUCUUGUAAAGAUAGCUGUACAGAUUCGGGGCCAAAAGGUUGUGAUGAAUGUAAAGAUGGAUGGGUGUAUAUGGGCGAAGGUGAAGGUUGUGUGGAUGUUGAUGAAUGUUUGGAACAAGACGUUUGUACCUCACAGCAAUUUUGUGUUAAUAAUGAUGGCUCGUAUUCUUGUUUGAGUUGUGAUCCAUCAUGUACAGAUUGUUAUGGUGACGGAAAUGAUAUGUGCUAUAAUUGUGCUGCAGGAUACAUCAUGAAAGACAAAAAAUGCAUAGUGGACACCAAAUGGAAGAGCUCUGAUCAAUCUCGUUAUCUAACAUAUGGUGGUCUAGGAAUAGCAACAAUAAUUAUUUUCCGGAUGAAUACAACUAUUGCAAGUAUUGUUGGAGCAUUCAUAGCAGUUUACAUUAUGGUAGCUGAAUAUAUAAUGAAUGAAUUAUAUAAGUAAAGAAAUAGAGAUUAAUAUCCUAAGCAAUGUUUUCUUCCAUAAACUGUGUUAAAUUUUAUAUUGUAAGUAGUUUUCAAUGUUUGCCCAAUUCCAAACAAAAUAAAAAAUAAUGAAUUUAAAAAAGCGCCUAGAGUUGAAAUGUUGCUGUUUAUUUAUUGAUAAAAAAUUUUUUUUAAUUAUGAUUAAAUAGGAUACAUUACU